AUGCUCCUUCAUCUGCAUGAUAUAUGUGGCUCUACUCUGGUAUUUGGUUUUCCAAAUGUUAGGAGUUGUCUGAGAGUGAUGCAUUGGAAACUGAUCCUGAAGUGAGACUCUCAAGCCAGUUGGAUGAAGGUAUGGAUGUACAUUGAGAAUUUAUAGAUUUAGACAUAUCUGCCUAUGUUCAUACAUACAUACACAGCUUUUAUGGAAACUCAUUUGGGUUGUGCUGUGCAUAUUGAUGCAGAGGCUUUGAAUGUUUCCUAGGUGAUGCAAGUACCGACACAGGAGUAGUUACUAAGGAGACCUUGCCCAUGGGUGGGAUGCUGUCACAGUCGCAACUCCAUGAGAUUCAGAGAGACGGUUCGAAAAACGGGGAGGAGAGCGAACAACCAUCAACAACAUCCUCUUCUGUGUCAGGCAGAACCCUCACAGGUAAAAUAUUGAUCUAUCUAGUAUCAAUGGUUACAAGACCAAAAAAAUAUUAAUUUCAUGUUUAUCUCUUUGUCAGUUCUCUCUUUUUAGUUUUCAUCUGAUUUAAUCUAUGACCCCCCCGCACACAGGACAUGCACCGAAGACCCUUCUAUCCACAUCCUCCUCUUCACUCUCCUCCUCCACCUCUACUUCCUCUCCUUCUGGCAGAGCAAAGAUGAGUGUUUUUGGUCCUGGAAGUAAAGCUCUCCUGCCACCUCCCUCAUCCUCCUCUCCCCCUCCUGUCCCUGGCCAGACAGUAAAGAUACACCGUGCUCGCAAGACCAUGAACAGACCUCCCCCAACACAGGUGAGUCUUCUAAGACGAUGGCUGGUAGUAGCGCUAUAUUUUUUAGAAUAGCCACUUAGUGAUAUCAAUCAAAAAGGGCAUAUCUUAUGUUUGAGUUAGUAUGUUGACAAAUCAGAGUAUUUUACCACUCAAGUUAUUUUAUUCCUGUCACAUUUUCACAUUAUCCCCUUCAUGACCAUCUGAUCCAUUGAGUCUUUGCCUUUCAGAUGAGGUGCAUUGAGUCGGCAAUCGUGCUAGUCAACCCCACAGACCCCACGACCAGCUUCGCGACAGACAGUGAUACUGGUCAAUGUUGAAAUAUUGCAUACAUUUAGAUUGACUUAAAUGAAAGAUUCACCCAUUUUGAAUGUUAUAUUGUAUUUGUACAUCUCUGAGCGAUGUUCUAUCGAUUCCCAGGGUCAUUUAAUGUUUUCAUGUGUAACUAUUCACCGUUUAAGCAGGCAGAAAUAUAGCCGGUACGACGUGUUUUUCCCUGAGAAUCAAUAGAACAAUGCUCAGAGAUGCACAAAUAUGAUAUAAAAUAAAAAAUGGGUGAAUCUUUCCUUUAACGUUUGUGUGUUAGAUUACUUACUGUUGAGUUUGAAUUCUAUCACGUAAUUUUUGUGUCUCUUACUCAGCAGCAGCAAAAAGGAGAAGGUUGGUCCAAGGUUUUGACGGUACACCUGAGAAGGCAGAGAGCGCUAUAGGCACAGAGCAGAAGGUAAGGACGGGGCAGGGGUGUGUCAGUGCUUUAUUAUAGCAUGAAGAUAAUAGUUGCUUAAAGGAGGUCUCAUGUUGAGAUAUUAAGUAGUGACCCUGACCUAACGUUUUGUUUUUGUUACUUGAAUUUCAGGCAGAUCGUGUACUCCGUGAGGCGGCGAGACGGCGUGACAGUUGGCUGGAGGAUGCGGAAGAGGACGAGUUUCUUCUCUAUAACCCCUAUGCAAGAGACGACACGGACGCAGCCUAUUCCGACAGCAAGGUCAGAGGCUAAUAUCAAUGUAAUUAACACGCUCACCACAGAAUAAAUAUGAUUAUUGUGGCCACAACCCAUUUGUAUUAACACUUUAACAGGCAGCUCAACCGGGCGAGGUAGCAACCAAUUUUAAAUGACAUUUAACAUAUUCAUUUUGUUUGGCAUAUUUUAUAAUCUCAACCAAUGCCAUUUAGUAAAAUGAUCAUGUGGUUUUCAUUAUCGGACUCCCAUAUUUUUUGAAACACGGAUUCAAAGAUGGUUGAAAAACAGGACGUGAACAUGAGCAAAACCGAACCUCAUUUACCAUACAUUGUUUUUGUACUAAUUGUGUAUAAAAUGGGAAAUUACAACAUAAAAUGCUAUUGACCUUUAAAGCAUCAUUUAAGAAUGAUUAAAUUACUAUGUUGUUGUUUUACAAUUUUAGGAACUCUUGAAAAACAUGCUCUACCAGGCGGUUGAGUUGCGCAUUUAAAGGAACGAUAUUAAGUCAAAGCUAGUGAUAAUGGACAAUGGAGAAAUAUUGUUAUGGGAUUUUUAGUCUGUGCAAAUACAAAAAUCCUUUCAAAUCCAUAUCAGUAUUCAUAUCUUCAAUAUGUUUCAGAAUAUCAUUCAGUACAUGUCAUUUUACUGGUAUUCUAAGCAUAUAAACUGUAAACGCAUAAAUGUAAAUGCAUUCUAUUCAUAUUUUGACACACAAAUGUAUUAUUUUAAUAUUUGAUGUCAGUCCUCAUUUAACUAGACCUAUCUUCCAUUAAAAGUAAAUGAAGCAGACAUAAUGUAAAUUCAUGUCAUUUUUUAGAUGAUUUAAAGUCUAUGCAAAUUCCAAUACAAAGUUUGUAUUGGGCAACCGGCUGGUUGAGAUGUUUGCGAUGCAUUAUCUAUCAAAGUUUAAGUCAUUCAAACACACUUUUUUCAUAUAUGGCCUAAACUGAGGCUAAAUACAUAUAUAGUAUUUUGCAGAAAAAUUGUUCUUCUGAUAUUUUUCUCUUGGUGUACCAGUUAAAGGGUUAAUGCUGAAUAGCCACGAUUUUGAAUAGAUACAAUGAAACUGGUAUAUGUAUACCUUCCAUUUUUCCUUAUGCAGUCUGAAGAUGGUGGACUAGAGGAAAGGCUACAUGAAAGAGAUGCAGAGGAGUCUGGUAACAUGUCUGAUCAUGUGAGUAGUUUUACCGGUCCGAGUUGGAAGUUACAAUCAUUUGCCAGGCAGUUUUAGGCUACAUGUGUUUCAUAAGAUUCCCUUGCUUGAACAUCAUUUCUAUUUGGUCAAAGCAAUGUUCCUCUGUCAGUCAAGCAAACCCUCUUUGUCCUCAGAGCUCAGAGUCGGACCCACAGAGGCAGGGCCAGAGGAAUGAAGGGAGCAGCGAUUCGCCAUGGACUCGCCCAGGGCGGGGCAAAGGGAGAGAGAGAGCCGAAGGAGUAGAGGCAGGAAGAGGUGAGUGACGGGGAGAUCUAUUCGUUUGUAUAAAUAGUCUUAUCACCGGCACUAUCAUUAUCACCACAGUGCCCUAUUGAUGGUCAAUUAUUAUUUUAUGUUGUAACUCCCAGCAGUGUCGGCAGCAGCUACUCUAGGUGGGUCCCGCGAGUACACAGAGGUUGCCUUGGGCUCCCUGGACAUCGUGGCAACAGACAACCUAACACUCUCACCACAAAACGGUGGGUAGAUUGUGUUCACACACAAUACACAAUCUGCAUAUGUCUAGCUUGGCGUAUGCUUCCUGUAACUUUGACACAAAUCUCCCAUUGAUGUCUUGUGAACACAUGAUGUGCGUACAUAACUAAAGACACAAUUUGGUUCUCAGUGAAUAGCACUGAUUAUAUGCUACAGUGAAUAGUACCAUAGAACACUGAUGAGCGAAUGUCAUAUCUGCAUGUCUGUGUAGAAGGCAGUGAUGCUGGGGAGACAGAGCGUCUGGAGGAGCUGCCUCUGUGUAGCUGCAGGAUGGAGGCACCACGUGUAGACAGCGCCAGCAGACGGCCCAACAGACUCUGCAUGGCCACAGAGAGUGUCAACGGAGAGGUGUGUGUGGCUGUGCACAUGUAGCCUACAUGAAGCUAUGUUUUCCCUAGGAUUUGUAUCAUCAGUGGUGGCAAAGUUAGCGUGGGGGGGGGCUCUCCGACCACACAUACAAAAUGUUGCUGUUUUAAAGCUAAUUUCCUGCAAUGCUACACAUUUUGCGAUGGGGCUGAGAGAGUUUGCAGAUUAAAAGGUAAUUUCCUGCAAUUCUGCACAUUUGACCAUGGCUUAUGCUGUGUUCUUUUGCAAUCUAAGUGACUCAAACAGUAUAACAAAAUCAAUGGGGGCCCCAUGCCAUGACAUUUUUUGAAUUUUAGAUUCUCUGUGACUGUCUAGUUUUUAUUCUGAUGGUUGUUAGUUCUCAAAGAUGAUCUUAUUAAAAAAAUAUAUAGCUCCAUUAUCUUUUGUACUUAUAAAAAAAAAAAGAUCGUCAUUUCUUUGGGAGUGGCGGACAUUUUUUGGUAGUCGCUGCUAAAUGAAUAUAGGGGCAACAUGGUAAGCUGUUCAAUCUCAUAUCGCAUUUGGAAUCAACAUACGACUCGUUAUUUAUUUCCCCUUUCAAUUGUUCACUUUCCCUCUCCCUCUUGUCUUUCGCAGCUGGUGGGCUGUACCAAUAUCAUUCAGAAGGGGGAGACCAUGCGGCCGUCCAGUCGGGUUUCCCUCAUGGUGCUGUGCGAGAGCCAUCGGUUACAUAUGGUCAAACAUCACUGCUGCCCUGGAUGUGGAUACUUCUGUGUCGCAGUAAGGUUUUGUGCCACCCCGCAAUCACACAUACUAUCUGAUGUCAAAGAACUGGAUAGGUGAAAGGAAAUUCUAGGUAGACAUCCUCCAUAUUGCUUUCACCUUAGACCUAGUUUUCAGAUCUGUAAAGAUGGAGAGGAGACACAGAGAGGCCACUGCAGACACUUGAAAUGCAUUAUAAGUCUGUGCAUGUACAGUAUAUGUUUGACCUGGCCUCACACCCCUCUCUCUCUCUGAUCUCCCAGGGCACCUUCCUAGAGUGCUGUCCGGACCAGCGCAUCGCCCACCGCUUCCACCGGGGCUGUGUGACAGUGCUGGGGGCUGGGAGGGGCAGGGGCAUGGGCACUGGCAUGCUCUUCUGUCCCCACUGUGGCGAGGAUGCCUCGGAGGCCCAAGAGGUCACCAUCCCCCCCUCAGCAUCCGCGGCCACAGUAGUCACCACAAACGCCUCGUCCACCACCACACUGUCCCUCCCACCCCCCAUCCCCUCGGCCCUCUCCCUGGCGGCCUCCAUGGGGCCGCUGAAGAAUGGGAAGAGGCCGGUGGGUCCUAUCAGGUGAGGAGAAAGGGGGAGAUAAAGAUGUGUGAUAUGUCUAAGUGUAGGAUGCAGUGCAAUUAUUGGGUGCUUUUGCUCUGCUUGUUGUAUAUUUGUGGAUAAUUGAUUGAUUUGAGCUUGUGUCUGUGAGUCUAUUGUUUGAUAACUAUUCAUAUGGAAAUAAUCGAUAUUCGCACCACCCUAAUCGUUGCAGCCUUUAUUUACUUACUCUCUCUUUCUCCUCUCUAUCUGUCAGUGCGAGGAUGCGUGGGGUGGUAAAGAGGGACCCGGAUCAGCAGGCCCCCCUAGCCACUCUGGCAGCAGGGCCUGUCAACACAGCCCCCCCAGGUGAGGGGGCAGUGGACAGUGUGGGACCCUCCCUCUGUCUGCCCAAUGGGAAGCCAGUCUGUCCCAGUGCACUUCCCCCAGGGCCCAGUAGGGCGGCGCUGCAGAAGGCCAUUCUCAUCCAGGACACUGAGAGGUGAGACAAAAUAAUAAAAUAGAUUAAUAAUAGUCUAAGUCUUAUAGAAUAUAAUUCUUUAUUGCAAAUCAAUGAUUGAUGGGAAUUGUUUACAGCUAGACUUGGGCCCUGUUUGAAUGCUUUGAAAUACAUCCAUCUUUCCUCCUUUUGUUGAAAUUCUAAAUUUCUGAACUGACUGAAUUGUGGAAAGCUAUGUAGGGUAAAUGUAUUUGAUGGUGUUGGAUCAGUGAUUAGUCCAAGGAAUAGAUGUGGGGGAGAUGCAUUUUACACAGAGUUCUGACAGCCAUAACAUAGGAGCUGUUCUCACAUGGUGAUUCUUGGUUGUGAUUGGUCAGGAGGAAGAAGCUGAGGUUCCACCCCCGCCAGCUCUAUCCAGCUGCCAAGCAGGGCGAGGUGCAGAGAGUUCUGCUCAUGCUCAGUAAGUGUCAUAAGGAGUCCUUUGUUCGUAUUUUACUGUUAGAUAAAAUAGACAUUCCUGAUCUGAUUGCAUAUUUUGUCUAAAGUGGCUUGCUCUCCUCAUCUCUCCUUCAUCUGCUCUGGAAACUCAUGUUGUCCACUGUUCUUUCACAUAAGUGCAAGUGAAGGAAUGAGUUGAUAUUGACCCCUACUGCUGCUAAUUACCCCUCCACUUGAGUUACUCUCUCUGUUUGGUUCAGUGGAGGGCAUAGACCCAGCCUACCAGGCUGACUCCCAGAACAGACGCUGUGCUCUCCACGUUGCCGCCCAGAGAGGCCUGCUGGAGGUCUGCUACAUGCUGGUGCAGGUGAACAAACUUUUCACUUCAAUCAUUACAACUGGGUAAUAUUCAUUAGGCACCAAACUGAAGGAAACGGACUGAAUCAGGGAGGGACUACCUGAAACUGUCCAAUAAGAAAUGCUUGUUUACGUUUUCUGUUGGAAAUGUUUUGCUACAGUGUGCCCAAAUGAAUACGACCCUGCUCUUUAUCUUUAUGUUCAAUGAUAAAAGUGACUCCUUUUACUCUUAUUCACCCCAAUAUGGAUCAGUGUCACUCAUACAGUUAUUAUUCACCAGAGUGCUCAAAUAUGUUUCUUGUCUAUUUACAGGCAGGUGCUAAACUGGACGUCCAAGACCAAUCUAUGAGGACCCCUCUCCUGGAGGCCAUCGUCAACAACCAUGUGGAGGUGACCAGGUACCUGGUCCAGAGUGGAGCCUGCGUCUAUCACACUGUGAGUGCCUGGUAAACAGCCCCUAUACCAAAGCCGGCCAGCUAACAUAAUAUAAUAAUAUGAUAUGCCAUUUAGCAGACUAGCUAACACUAGUAGCAGCUCUAAAAACAUGAGCCUUAAAGGAUUUAAACCUGAAAGAAUUUGAUCAUCACCUUAAGUCACCUCAGAAGUCAACAGGAAGAUCUAUUAUAGACUAACUGUAGCUAGGACCUGUAGGUGGCAUGUUAAUACAAUCUUGAUUGCAAUCAAAUUCUCCACGUCUGACAAUAUUAAAAUGUGAAGAUUUUUUUCCCCCUCCUAUUGGCUUUUCCUCUCUUCUGUUUUUUUCCAUUCUCUCUUCCUUUCCUCACUCUCUUUUCCUCUCCUCCCUCUCUCCUCCCCCUCCUCUGCUCUCCAGGAAGAAGAUGGCUACACCGGUCUCCACCACGCGGCUAAACUGGGAAGUCUGGACAUUGUCACCCUUUUGUUGGAGACUGGACAGGUGGACAUCAACGCACAGGUGGGGCAGAGCAAGAGAGGAACACUAUUGGGUUCUAGACAGGGUGGCAACAACCAACAAGUCAGUGUGUGUUUUAUCAGUCUGUGUCCCUCUUUGUCGACUGCAUACUUCACACUGCAUCAUGUCCAAUGGCAACAUUGUCUGUGUUCUGAGAAUAAUUGCUUUGAUGACAUUUUUUGCUGCUAACUAAAACUAUGCAUGCACAGUUGAAGAUUAUAUAAUUAUUUUUAUUUAAUAUGAAGUUGUAACCUUCUGUUUUUUUUGUUUACAUAGGCCAACCAGAUAGUUUAUCUAAUUUCAAAAUGUAUCCCUCUGUAUGUUAUGUGGGUCUCUGCAGUGUAGUACUCCUUCACUCUGCGUAGCACUAACACCUUCCUUUGUAGGUAUAGUAAUCAUUCAAUGUACCCAAUAACAGAUACUGUAUCAUGUGUCACUUGGUAAUGUUAGUUACCUGUAGUUCUUAAUUAGUCAAUAGACUCUGAGUUAACUAUUACCACCAGAAUAAACAUGUACAGUGCUAUGAAAAAGUAUUUGCCCCCUUUCUAAUUUUCUCUACUUUUGCAUAUUUGUGAUACUGAAUGUUAUCAGAUCUUCAACCAAAACCUAAUAGUAGAUAAAGGGAACAUAAGUGGACAAAUAACACAACAAUUACAUAUUUAUUUCAUAAACAAAGUUAUGCAACACCCAAUUCCCCUGUGUGAAAAAGUAAUUGCCCCCUUACACUCAAUAACUGGUUGUGCCACCUUUAGCUGCAAUGACUCCAACCAAAUGCUUCCUGUAGUUGUUGAUCAGUCUCUCACGUCGUUGUGGAGGAAUUUUGGCCCACUCUUCCAUGUAGAACUGCUUUAACUCAGUGACGUGUGGGUUUUCAAGCAUGAACUGCUCGUUUCAAGUCCUGCCACAACAUCUCAAUUGGGAUUAGGUCUGGACUUUGACUAGGCCAUUCCAAAACUUCCAAUUUGUUGCUUUUUAGCUAUUUUCAUGUAGACUUGAUUGUGUGUUUUGGAUCAUUGUCUUGCUGCAUGACCCAGCUGCGCUUCAGCUUCAGCUCACAGACGGAUGGUCUGACAUUCUCCUGUAGAAUUAUCUGAUACAGAGCAGAAUUCAUGGUUCCUUCUAUUAAGGCAAGUCGUCCAGGUCCUGAGGCAGCAAAGCAUCCCCAAACCAUCACACCACCACCACCAUGCUUGACCUUUGGUAUGAUGUUCUUACUGUGGAAUGCAGAGUUUGGUUUUCGCCAGGCAUUACUGGAACCAUGUCGUCCAAAAAGUUAUACUUUUGAAUCAUCUGUCCAUAGAACGUUCUUCCAAGAGUCUUGAUGAUCAUCCAGGUGCUUUUUGACAAACUUGAGUCAACUUUUUGGACGAGAUGGGUCCCAUUAUGCCUGGCGAAAACCAAACACUGCAUUCCACAGUAAGAACAUCUGUCUGUGAGCUGAAGCUGAAGUGCAGCUGGGUCAUGCAGCAAGACAAUGAUCCAAAACACACAAUCAAGUCUACAUGAAAAUUGCUAAAAAGCAACAAAUUGGAAGUUUUGGAAUGGCCUAGUCAAAGUCCAGACCUAAUCCCAAUUGAGAUGUUGUGGCAGGACUUGAAACGAGCAGUUCAUGCUUGAAAACCCACACGUCACUGAGUUAAAGCAGUUCUGCAUGGAAGAGUGGGCCAAAAUUCCUCCACAGCGACGUGAGAGACUGAUCAACAACUACAGGAAGCAUUUGGUUGGAGUCAUUGCAGCUAAAGGUGGCACAAUCAGUUAUUGAGUGUAAGGGGGCAAUUACUUUUUCACACAGGGGAAUUGGGUGUUGCAUAACUUUGAUUAUGAAAUAAAUAUGUAAUUGUUGUGUUAUUUGUCCACUUAUGUUCCCUUUAUCUACUAUUAGGUUUUGGUUGAAGAUCUGAUAACAUUCAGUAUCACAAAUAUGCAAAAGUAGAGAAUUAGAAAGGGGGCAAAUACUUUUUCAUAGCACUGUAUGUUUAAUCUAUCUACCAGUUCCAUGUACUGUACUGAACCAUAGCACUUGUGUUUGGCUGUAUUGGCUUGAGUACCAUUGUAUAGUCCAGUCCCCUAACCCUCUGAGUCAUUGUGUUGUACAUCCCUCUCAGGAUAGUGGAGGCUGGACUCCUAUCAUUUGGGCUGCAGAGCACAAGCACAUUAAGGUCAUCAGAGCACUGCUUAACAGGGGGGCUGAUGUCACCCUGAAGGACAAGGUUAGUCUUUCUGUCCUGGUAUAACAACAUAUGGGCAUACAAUGGGCAAACUGAUUUUGAAGGAGGAUGUGGAGGAUUUAUAGGCACGGCAUGUCACAAAUCCUUGAAACGACAGCAUUUGCUUCUUGAUACUUGAUUUAUUGAAGGUGUAGGUAAUUUUGGUUGUAGUACUCCAAACCUUUCUUUCUAUCCAUUAAUUUGUUGUGAUCAAAGUCCCUCUGGGAUGAUAAAAAUCUCUUCUUCUCACUCUCUCUAUUAGGAGAUGAAUGCGUGUCUCCACUGGGCGUCAUUCGCAGGCUGUGUUGGGAUAGCAGAGAUGGUGCUGAACGCCGGCUGCCCGCUGUCCUCUGUCAACAUGCACGGGGACACUCCCCUACACAUCGCUUCCAGGGAGGGUUUCCUCGAGUGUGUAACGUGAGUAGACCAAUACCCUGUCAAUCGCAUACAUCGGUCACUACUAGGGCUGUUACAGUGACCUUAUUACCGCCACACCGGCGGUCACGAGUCAUGAUGGCAGUCAAAUUCCAUGUGACUGUUUAGUCACGGUAAUUAGGCUUCUCCAAGCUCUGAUGCUGGUGAUGGUUAUUAGUAGCCUACCAAACGUUCUAACUGCCUGGUACUCAGCACUGUAUUGUCCCUCUAAUCACUCUGACGUCAAUGCAAAUAUAAUCGAAAAUCAUGAGAGCCCGUGAGCUCAUGUUGCGCAACAUUUCUAUAGGCUAUGCAAUUGCGUGAGAAAACAGAGUGAUGGCCUCCUAAAAAGAGGAGGAUCCCAUCAGCUUUCUAUAGGCUAGACCUACUAUAUUUAUUUCUCAACCUUCCUAAGAUUAAGCACAUUGCUUAUCUUUAAAACAGGAGUAUAGCCUACCUGGCUGGCAUGAAAAUGAACCACGGGAAACGUGUCCUCCAUUCGCUAUUUAAGUGCAUAGAUGACAUGUCUUUUUUUCCCGCUGCCCCUGUUUCGAGACUGUUGCAUGAUAAUUGUCCAUUCUAAAUAAAUAAAAAAAAUCCACAAUUUAGUAUAUGUAAAGACAAGAUUAAAUCAAGGAGAGUGUGAUGGGUGACAACAUUAGCCUAUCACUUGUGAAUGAUACAGUGCAUUCGGAAAGUAUUCAGACCCCUUGACUUUCUCCACAUUUUGUUACAGCCUUAUUCUAAAAUUGAUUAAAUUGUUUUUUCCCCCUCAUCAAUAUACACACAAUUCCCCAUAAUGACAAAGCAAAAACAGGAUUUUAUAAAUGUAUGCAAAUGUAUAAAAUAAACUCAUCACAUUUACAUAAGUAUUCAAACUCUUUACUCAGUACUUUGUUGAAGCACCUUUGGCAGCGAUUACAGGCUCGAGUCUUCUUGGUAUGACGCUGCAAGCUUGGCACACCUGUAUUUGGGGAGUUUCUCCCAUUCUUCUCUGCAGAUCCUCUCAAGCUCUGUCAGGUUGGAUGGGGAGCGUCGCUGCACAGCUGUUUUCAGGUCUCUCCAGAGAUGUUUGAUUGGGUUCAAGUCCGGGCUCUGGCUGGGCCUCUCAAGGACAUUCAGAGACUUGUCCCGAAGCCACUCCUGCGUUGUCUUGGCUGUAUGCUUAGGGUCGUUGUUCUGUUGGAAGGUGAACCUUCGCCCCAGUCUGAGGUCCUGAGAGCUCUGGAGCAGGUUUUCAUCAAGGAUCUCUCUGUACUUUGCUCCAUUCAUCUUUCCCUCGAUCCUGACUAGUCUCCCAGUCUCUGCCGCUGAAAAACAUCCCCACAGCAUGAUGCUGCCACCCCCAUGCUUCACCGUAGGGAUGGUGCCAGGUUUCCUCCAGAUGUGACGCUUGGCAUUCAGGCCAAAUAAUUCAUUCUUGGUUUCAUCGAACCAGAGAAUCUUGUUUCUCAUGGUCUGAGAGUCCUUUAGGUGCCUUUUGGCAAACACCAAGCGGGCUGUCAUGUGCCUUUUACUGAGGAGUGGCUUCCGUCUGGCCACUCUACCAUAAAGGCCUGAUUUGUGGAGUGCUGCAGAGAUGGUUGUCCUUCUGGGAGGUUUUCCCAUCUCCACAGAGUGACCAUCUGGUCCUUGCUCAGUUUGGCCGGGCGGCCAGCUCUAGGAAGAGUCUUGGUGGUUCCAAAUUUUAAGAAUGAUGGAGGCCACUGUGUUCUUGGGGACCUUCAGAAAUGUUUUGGUACCCUUCGCCAGAUCUGUGCCUUGACACAAUCCUGUCUCGGAGCUCUACGGACAAUUCCUUCGACCUCAUGGCUUGGUUUUUGCUCUGACAUGCACUGUCAACUGUGGUACCUUAUGUAGACAGGUGUGCCUUUCCAAAUCAUGUCCAAUCAAUUGAAUUUACCACAGGUGGACUCCAAUCAAGUUGUAGAAACAUCUCAAGGAUGAUCAAUGGAAACAGGAUGCAACUGACCUCAAUUUUGAUUCUCAUAGCAAAGGGUCAGAAUACAUAUGUAAAUAAGGUAUUUCUGUUUUUUCUAAAAACCAGUUUUUGCUUUGUCAUUAUGUGGUAUUGUGUGUAGAUUGAGGAAUUAUUAUUUUUAAAAUCCAUUUUAGAAUAAGGCUUUAACGUAACAAAAUGUGGAAAAAGUCAAGGGGUCUGAAUAUUUUCCAAAUGCACUGUAUAUUAUCACUUGUUAAUGAUGCCGAGCUUAAGGCAAAGAGCGCAUGCUUUUUUGGGUGACUUUUUCAAAUCAUAGUCUCACACCUCAUGUAGCCUAGCCCAUAGGCCUAUAUGUUUUGAUAAGGUUUGUAUCACAACUAAAGUGGCCAAAUAACUUCUUAAAAUGAAGCACAUUAAUCCGCAUUACAACCGGUGUAGAUACAUGUGAGUUUCAAGUUUGGGGAAGAUAAUUUUCACCAUAAGAAUGCACCUUUAUAAUAAAAGCAUUACAUGCAUAAUCGCAUUUGUGGUCACUUUUGAGAUUGGUGUUUUCCUGCUAAUGGAACAUUUGCGCUUAUAGCCUACUGCUGUGUGUGCAUUGCUGCGCUUAUAAUGUGAUAGCCUAAUAGUUUAUCAACAUUUUAAGCUAAACUUUCUCAUCUGUUGCAUCAGGCUCAUUGCGUAAAACAGGUUUUUUAAUGCUAGUGGUUGUAUUCAUUUGGGAUCUAUCUCAUCUCACAACUGACCCGGACUAUGUUUGGAAUAUUUAUUUCUCGCACAGAAUAGAAUAAGUCAACUUUUGUACUAUGGGGGAUAGUAGAUUGACAUAGGCUAGUGCUUUUGCUGUUUGUUAGGCCUACUCAUCUUGUUGGCUGACAAAGUAAAUGUGGACAAUUCUUCCAAUAUCUUCAAUAUGCGCCUCGGAAUUGGAUAAGGACGCACGCAGUUACGUCCCCGACGUGUUUGUCUUCACUUGUAGUCUGUGAGAAAGACCCGAUCACGUGACUGAGAGCCAUGUAAGUGAGAGGUGCUUCAGCACGCAGCGGGGUGAAGGGAAUUAUAAUUAUUAUAUUCAGCCCAAGGGCACAACAGCCACUGGCCGCAAAAGGCAUGCAUUCUUUUGGGGGGAUUAUGGCCACACAAAGGGGAUGCAGCCGGGAAAUUUGAGGCAUUAUCAAGUGCUUGUCAAAUUGUGAAUGAGAGACUGUGUGUGUACAGCCUGUGCAAAAACCAAAGCAGAGCUCAUGCCUUUCAUGCGACUUUUUUCAAAUCCUCUUUACAGUCGCAUCAGAAUGUAUUAAAAAUCAAAACAUAUAACCCAACAUCUGUAUCACAACUAAAGUUACAUAAAUAACUCUAAAUUAAGCAUAUAGGAGUACAUGUUUCUUUGUUAACCGCUCAACACAGAAAAGCCGCAUGUGCUUACUCCCUCAAAUAGUUUGGAGAAAAUAUAAUUUAUAUUUUAUUCAGCAAUGUUCAAUUGUAUUCUUCAUACGCUAAGCAAAUCUUGUCUGAUAAAUGAACUAGUGUAGCCCACAGCCAUAUGGCAUAGCCAGAUCAGGGUCUAACAUAAGGACAACUCAGAGUAUGCUAUUAUGUUCUUCUGAAAUAUACAGCAUUUUCUUCUUAUCAUGUUUCUUUAGACCUGUCUAAAAUAAAUAAUGGAUUUAUUGUGAUGGUGUAGGCUACAUUUAAUGGAUUUAAUAGACUUUUUCAAAUGUAGAUGUUCCAAAGGUCUGCAUCAGUGGCUUGUAGGCAAUGCGUGGAAGCUAGGAGAUGCUAAAUGUGUUUUAUGUUAAUUAACGGUCAAUUACCAUGAGACCAGCAGUUAUUUGCUUGACAAUCACUGACAAAAUUUCAUGACAGCCCUAGUCACUCCUAUAGUCUGGUAGUUUGGAAUAUAAGGAAUUUGUCCGUAGACACUGAUCUGAAGUCAGUUGAGUAUUUUACGCCCAUAAUGGUUGAGGUUAGGGUAUGGGAAGGGUAAUCUGAUGCUAGAUCUGUGCCUAAGGGCAACUUUAACACUUUGUUUGCUUAUUUCCUCUCUACAGGCUCUUCCUCUCUAGGGGGGCAGACAUCGAUAUCAUGAACAGGGAAGGGGACACGCCUCUUUCUCUGGCGCGUUCCGAUUCGCCCGUCUGGGUGUCACUCCAGAUAAACAGGAAGCUGCGGAGGGGGAUAGCCAAUCGUAUGGUUCAUACAGAGAAGAUCAUCAGCAGUGACGUAGCCCAGGGGUAUGAGAAUGUGCCUAUCCCAUGUGUGAACGCAGUGGAUGAUGAGGGAUGUCCCUCAGACUACAAGUACGUCUCAGAGAACUGUGAGACUUCAGCCAUGAACAUCGACCGCAACAUCACGCACUUACAGGUGCAUACGGUAACACCACACACUUUUAGAUGUUACAUAUGAUACUUAUCAUUGAUCAUGCAUGCAUCUUGCCUUUCUAUAAACCUGUGUCUGUCUCUGUCCCUCAGCACUGCAGCUGCACAGACGACUGCUCCUCCAGCAACUGUCUGUGUGGACAGCUCAGUAUCCGCUGCUGGUACGACAAGGUUAGUGACGCAUGAUUUAUUUUACAUCCCACUUCCACUGCUCUAGAGUCCAAUGGUAGCGAGCUUUACACCACUCCAGCCGACGCUUGGCAUUGCGCAUGAUCUUAGGCUUGUGUGCGGCUGCUUGGCCAUGGAAACCCAUUUCAUGAAGCUCCCAACUAAUAGUUAUUGUGCAGACAUUGCUUCCAGAGGCAGCUUUGAACUCGGUAGUGAGUGUUGUAACUGAGGACAGACGAUUUUUACGCGCUACACACUUCAGCACUCGGCGGUCCUGUUCUGUGAGCUUGUGUGGCCUACCACUUCGUGGCUGAGCCGUUGUUGGUCCUACAUGUUUCCACUUCACAAUAACAGCACUUACAGUUGACCGGUACAGCUCUAGCAGGGCAGAAAUUUGACGAACUGACUUGUUGGAAAGGUGGCAUCCUAUGACGGUGCCACGUUGAAAGUCAGAGCUCUUUAGUAAGGCCAUUCUACUGCCAAUGUUUGUCUAUGAAGAUUGCAUUCCUGUGUGCUUGAUUUGAUAUACGCUUGUCAGCAACGGGUGUGGCUGAAAUAGCCGAAUCCACUAAUUUGAAGGGGUGUCCACAUACUUUUGUAUAUAUAGUGUAUGUGGCAUCUAUGGACAAAGGUCUUUCAAUGCAAUAUUUUUCAGAGUACCUAAAACAACAUGGCAACUAUUGACCAAUAAACAUUCACGUGAGCGUGGCCUGGCACAUAAAUGCAUAUAAAUCAGUGAAGGAUAUUCGUAUUGUAACACAAUUUAGUACACAUUGCGAAAACAUAUGUACAAGCGUUCAUAUCGACCACACGGUGGCGCUAUAACGGGCACAUUUUAAUCUCUUGAUCUGUUUGACUCAGUGUGCUGAAAUUUUGCACACAUGCUCAGGGAUAUGUGUCUAGCUAACCCACGGGAUAUCUCAGACACCACUGGCCCGAUUUUUACAGAACUUAGGUGAAUGAUGUGUCUUGCCAUAGAGAUCUGGCAUUUACAAAACUACACUGGUUGGCCCAAGGGGGGCAUUGCAUCAUUUGUGGGGGACUACAUGUUUACUGUUGCCUUUUUUGAUCAUGGUUAGUGAUGCACCCAGUAGUAAUACGAGACAGAAUUUACUUACCAAGCUGUCACCAAGCCAUCUCUCUCGAAAGACUGGCGAGGUCGUUUGGAGGGCUCUGUCCUUUUUCUUUAGCUUAUUUCUAUUUUCACGGUGAAGGGCUAAAAUAUCGUUAUUGUUCCCCACAAUCAAAUCGUAGGGGGGGGACUAUGGAUCUGUCUCCGUAUGUACGUUAGUCACGCACCAAUAUCUGACACCACCGUCCCGAUUUUGACAAAACUUGGGUGAAUGAUGUGUCUUGCCAUAGAGAUCCGGCAUUUAUAAAAUUGCACUGAUAGGCCCAAGUGGGGAUGCUGCAUCAUUUGUGGGGGACAACAUAUUUAUAGUUAUUUUUAAUUAUAGAGCUCGUCAGUAUCUUAUGUUGAUUUCUUUCACCCAUGUGUUUUCUGUGUUUACCAGGACCACCGGUUGCUCCAGGAGUUCAAUAAAAUCGAACCGCCUCUCAUAUUUGAAUGUAACCUGGGGUGCUCCUGCUUCCGCACCUGCAAGAACAGAGUGGUGCAGGCGGGCAUCAAGUAAGAGCUGUGUUACUACACCACUGUACACAUUGAAAUCAAAUUACAACACAAUUUUAUAUACAGCGCCUUUAGAAAUUAUCCAUACCCCAUUACUUAUUCCACAUUUUGUUGUUACAGCCGGAAUUCAAAAUUCUCACCCAUGUACACACAAUACCCCAUAACGACAAAGUGAAAACAUGUUUUUAGAAAUGUUAGCACAUUUAUUGAAAAUGAAAUAAAGAUAUCUAAUUUACAUAAGUAUUCACACCCCUGAGUCAAUACUUUGUAGAAGCACCAUUGGUAGUGAUUACAGAUGUGAGUCUUUCUGGGUAAGUAAGAGCUUUCCACACCUGGAUUGUACAACAUUUGCCCAUUUUUAUUUUAUUUUUAUUCUUCAAGCUCUGGUGAUUACAGCUUUGAGUUGUCUUGGGUAUGUCUGUAUCAGCUUUGCACAUCUAGAUUUGGGGAUUUUCUCAAGCUCUGUUAAAAUAGAUGGGGAGUGGUGGUGAACAGCAAUCUUCAUGUCUUCCCACAGAUUUUCAAUGGGAUUCAAGUCUGGCGUUUGGCUGGGCCACACAAGGACUUUAACGUUCUUGUUCUGAAGCUAUUCCAGCGUUUCUUUGGCUUUAUGGUUGGGGUCAUUGUCCUGUUGGAACGUAAAUCUUUGCCCAAGUCUAAUGUCAUUUGCACUCUGAAGCAGGUUCUCAUCAAGGAUUUACCUGUAUUUGGCGCCAUUCAUUGUUUCCUCUAUACUGACCAGUCUCCCAGUCCAUUCUGCUGAAAAGCAUCCCCAUAGCAUGAUGCUGCCACCACCAUGCUUCACGGUAGGGAUUGUGUUAGACAGUUGAUGAGCUGUGCCUGGUUUUCUACAGACAUAGCACUUUGCAUUCAGGCCAAAAAGUAACAUUUUUGAGUCUUUCACAUGCCUUUUUUGCAAACUCCAGGUGUGCUGUCAUGUGCCUUUUUCUCAGGAGUGGCUUCCGUCUGGCCACUCUCCAAUAAAGCCCAGAUUGGUGAAGUGCUGUAGAGACUGUUGUCCUUCUGGCAGGUUCUCCCAUCUCAGCCAAGGAACUCUGUAGUUCUGUCAGAGUGGUCAUUGGGUUCUUGGUCACCUCCAAAAUAGAAUUAAUCCAUUUUGAAUUCAGGCUGUAAAAAAAGAUGUGGAAUAAGUCAAGGAGUAUGAAUACUUUCUGAAGGCACUGUAUCUAUGACUGUACCCUCAUCUCUUACUCACUUGUAUACUUUAUCUUGGUCUUAGGGUGCGUCUCCAGUUGUACCGGACAGAGAAGAUGGGAUGGGGAGUUCGGGCUCUACAGGACAUUCCCCAAGGCAGCUUCAUCUGCGAGUAAGUGUGUGUGCGUGGGAAUGGUUAUUUAAAGGAAAUUAGUAUUAUUAGCCAAUCUAAUGUGUCUUACCCGUUCUAUCAAUUAGUUAAUUGUCUUGUUGAUAGAUGUAAGUAACAUUUCUCUCCACACAGAUAUGUAGGAGAACUGAUCUCUGACGCAGAGGCAGAUGUAAGAGAAGAUGACUCCUACCUCUUUGACCUGGACAACAAGGUACCUCAUCUGUUUUUCCUCUCAUAGGGAUUACACAUCAAAACAAUAAAAUACAUCAAAUUGUAUUUGUCACAUGCGCUGAAUACAACACGUUUAGACUUUACUGUCAUUUAGACACAGAGAUACGUUUUAAAAACAGACUACUGAUCUACCAAUGUAACUCAGUACAUCACCAACCCUCUCUCCCUCUUUCUCUCCUUCCCUCUAAAGGACGGGGAGGUGUACUGCAUUGAUGCCCGGUAUUACGGUAACAUCAGCCGCUUCAUCAACCACCUGUGCGACCCCAACAUCAUCCCUGUGCGGGUGUUCAUGCUGCACCAGGACCUGCGCUUCCCCCGCAUCGCCUUCUUCAGCUCCCGAGACAUCCUCACAGGACAGGAGCUAGGGUGAGAGGCUGCACCGCACACACACUGUGGAUCUGAGCCACAGACACAAAAUGGAUGCCCAAUGGAGUGGUUUUGAUACUGCCUUAGGAAAGCAGAGUGGAAACAACAUGAUUUGGCACCACCUUUUCAGUAACAGUAGCAUCUAUUCGAUGUAUCACUUCUCUUGCACCAGAAAUAAAAUGGCCUGAGUAUAUUGUUUAUUCCACUGAUUUAUGAUGUUGACGUACACUACCGUUCAAAAGUUUGGGGUCACUUAGAAAUGUCCUUGUUUUUGAAAGAAAAGCCAUUUUUUUGUCCAUUAAAAUAAUAUCAAAUUGAUCAGAAAUACAGUGUAGACAUUGUUAAUGUUGUAAAUGGCUAUUGUAACUGGAAAUGGCUGAUUUUUUUUAAUGGAAUAUCUACAUAGGCAUACAGAGGCCCAUUAUCAGCAACCAUCAGUCCUGUGUUUCAAUGGCACGUUGUGUUUGCUAAUCCAAGUUUAUCAUUUUAAAAGGCUAAUUGAUCAUUAAAAAAACAUUUUGCAAUUAUGUUAGCACAGCUGAAAACUGUUGUGCUGAUUAAAGAAGCAAUACAACUGGCCUUCUUGAGACUAGUUGAGUAUCUGGAGCAUCAGCAAUUGUGGGUUCGAUUACAGGCUCAAAAUGGCCAGAAACAAAAAAAAGUUUUUCUGAAACUCGUCAGUCUAUUCUUGUUCUGAGAAAUGAAGGCUAUUCCAUGCGAGAAAUUGCCAAGAAACUGAAGAUCUCGUACAACGCUGUGUACUACUCCCUUCACAGAACAGCGCAAACUGGCUCUAACCAGAAUAUAAAUAGGAGUGGGAGGCCCCGGUGCACAACUGAGCAAGAGGACAAAUACAUUAGAGUGUCUAGUUUGAGAAACAGACGCCUCACAGGUCCUCAACUGGCAGCUUCAUUAAAUAGUACCCGCAAAACACCAGUCUCUCCGGGAUGCUGACCUUCUAGGCAGAGUUGCAAAGAAAAAGCCAAAUCUCAGACUGGCCAAUAAAAAGAAAAUAUUAAGAUGGGCAGUCUGAGAUAUGGCUUUUUCUUUGCAACUCUAGUUUCAGAAAAAAGUUAUUUGUUUCUGGCCAUUUUGAGCCUGUAAUCGAACCCACAGUUGCUGAUGCUCCAGAUACUCAACUAGUCUAAAGAAGGCCAGUUUUAUUGCUUCUUUAAUCAGCACAACAGUUUUCAGCUGUGCUAACAUAAUUGCAAAAGGUUUUUUUAAUGAUCAAUUAGCCAAUUAAAAUGAUAAACUUGGAUUAGCAAACACAACGUGCCAUUGGAACACAGGACUGAUGGUUGCUGAUAAUGGGCCUCUGUACGCCUAUGUAGAUAUUCCAUAAAAAAUCAGCCGUUUCCAGCUACAAUAGCCAUUUACAACAUUAACAAUGUCUACACUGUAUUUCUGAUCAAUUUGAUGUUAUUUUAAUGGACAAAAAAAUUGCUUUUCUUUAGAAAACAAGGACAUUUCUAAGUGACCCCAAACUUUUGAACAGUAGUGUACAUUGUAAUUCCAGGCUGAGAAUUUGAUCAAUGUUCUGUGUGCACAGGUUUGAUUAUGGAGACCGCUUCUGGGACAUCAAGAGUAAAUACUUCACCUGCCAGUGUGGAUCAGAGAAAUGCAAACACUCAGCGGAGGCCAUUGCCUUGGAGCAGAGCAGGCUCGCUCGACUGGAGACCUGCCCAGAAUCGGAGACUGACCCUGGGCUUGCCAUGCUAGGAAACUUCUAG